CUAGUGGCACACUAACCGCCAUAAAGAAGUAGGGUAGAAAUCAUAUAUUGGUAACAACAGCAACGAGUGGGUGUCGUCGGGUCUCCAAUGUCAGAGAAGAUGACUUCUGCAAUGUCUGAUCCAACUCUAGAGAGACAUUUCAAGGGUCACAGGGACACAGUGACAAGUGUGGACUUCAGCCGCAACAUGAAACAAAUUGCCACAGGCUCCAUGGACUCCUGUGUUAUGAUCUGGAACAUGAAACCUCAGAUGAGAGCGUAUCGUUUUGAUGGACACAAAGACGCUGUCACUUUUGUACAGUUUUCUCCCUCUGGCCACCUGGUGGCCUCUUCCUCCAGAGACAAGACUGUACGCCUUUGGGUGCCCAGCAUGAAGGCUGAGUCAACAGUAUUCAGGGCUCACACUGCCACUGUACGCAGUGUUAGCUUCUCUGGUGAUGGACAGUCUCUGGUCACAGCCUCUGAUGACAAGACCAUCAAAGUGUGGACCGUCCACAGGCAAAAGUUCCUCUUUUCUCUCAACCAGCACAUCAACUGGGUCCGCUGUGCAAAGUUUUCUCCAGACGAUCGUUUGAUUGUGUCAUCCAGUGAUGAUAAAACUAUAAAACUGUGGGACAAGAACAGCAGAGAGUGUAUUCAUUCUUUCUAUGAACAUGCUGGGUACGCAAACCAUGUGGAUUUCCAUCCCAGUGGAACAUGCAUAGCUGCAGCCAGUACUGACAAUUCUGUCAAGGUGUGGGACAUCAGAUCCCAUAAGAUGCUUCAACACUACCAAGUCCACAGUGGUGUGGUGAACAGCUUGUCUUUCCACCCGGCUGGCAAUUUCCUCAUCACUGCGUCCAGCGAUUCCACAGUAAAGAUACUGGACCUUGUAGAGGGCAAACUACUAUAUACACUGCAUGGACACCAGGGUCCAGUAACCUGUGUGGCCUUUUCCAGGACAGGAGAGUACUUUGCCUCUGGAGGAUCUGAUGAACAGGUGAUGGUAUGGAAGAGCAACUUUGAUGAGUGUGGUGACAAUGUCAAGGUGCAACGCUCCACUGCCCCCAACCUGCAGGUCCCACCAGCCAGCUCCACAACUCAUCCCUCCUUUAACUCACAUCCAUCUGAGCUCCACGACCAGGCCUCUGAACCGACCGGCCUUUAUAACAGAGAGGACUCCCAGACUGCUGUCCCGACUCAGAGCUACAGUCGCAGUGCCAGCCACAGCAGAGCGACUCAUCGCCAAACCUGCAGAGACCCCAGCAGUUCCUCCUCCACCUACCAGACACAGACCCAGGGCUCACCCCAAGUUCAAGCACAGUCCCACGCCUCAGAUGGAGGGGCACCCCCUGGUCUAGCCAGCACGCUGGAACACAUUAUAGGUCAACUGGAUAUUCUCACUCAGACAGUUUCGAUCUUGGAGCAGCGGCUGACACUGACAGAGGACAAGCUCAAGGAGUGUUUGGAGAACCAGAUGGAGAUUGGUCUACUUCUCCAGAGGAAGGGAGAGGAAGCCUGAAGAUGGCGGCAUCACAGAGAGGUUAAGCUGUGAUGGUGGUGAUGGGGGUGGGGGGGGUGGGUUCACAU